AUGCCUUUGUCUAUUGCUAGGAACCUUGGACUUAAUAAGAUACAACCUACUAUAGCUUCUUUGCAAUUAGCAAACAGAACAAUCAGGUACCUUGUUGGGAUUAUAGAAGAUGCCUUGGUUAAAGUUAGGAAGUUGUACAUUCCAGUAGACUUCAUUGUGCUUGAAACUGAAGAUGAUAUUCAAAUUCCUCUUAUUUUAGGAAGACCAUUCUUAGCUACAACUAGAGCAAAUAUUGAUGUGAAGAAUGGCAAAAUAACUUUCAAAGUUGGAGAGGAGAAAGUAGUGUUUAAUUUGUUCAAUGCAACUAACUAUCCCUAUAUAGAUAGUUGUUAUAAAGUGGAUUUAGUUAAUGAAGGUAAAAGUAAGUCUAUUCCACCACCUUCAACAAAGCAAGUGCCUAUUCUUAAGACAAAACCACCACCACCUUCUAGUUAUCUUGAUUUUGUGGUUGGACAACAAGUAGUAUUUUUUGAUUCACAACUCCAUCUUUUGCCAUGA